AUGGAUGAAAAGUCCAAAACGCCCAAGGAAAAGCUCCUGUUGCUCGCCGCAGAACAAGGCCAUUCGUUCAUAAUUUUCCGCUUGCUUCAAAGAUCUGAGGUCAACAUAAACUUCAAAAACGACUAUGGGCAGACCGCUCUCUCGCUGGCAGCAGAACAUGGACAGACGGAGGUGAUUCAGCAGUUGUUCACUCGCCCGGACCUGGACGUUAACAACCAAGACUUGGACGGUCAGACGGCCCUAGGGUGGGCAGUGUUCAAUGAUCGACCAUCUGCUGUGGCUGCACUGUUGGCCAAUCCUCUGGUUCGUGUUGACGUCCCCGAUGUAGAAGGCAUGACACCUUUGUCCUGGGCUAUCGUCGAGCAAAGGGACGCAAUUCUUGAGCUCCUUCUAGACAGGCUAGGGAUGCCUUCUGACAGAAUAACCCGGAUGACCCUGUUCUUGGGUGGGGGAAGACGAGGAAACACACCGAAACUGGCGCUGGAGACUCACGAAGUUUGA